UAGACCAACUGCAAACAUGGGUACAACUCAGUCAGAUACAACAAGUGUGGAAUUAACAAAUAGCUCAACUACAAGCAUGGUUACAACUCAGUCUGACACCACAAGUGUGGAUAUUACAAGUGGUGGUCAAAGUACAAAUAUUGCUACAUCUCAGCCUGACACAAUAGGUAUGCUUUCUAAUCAGUCAGAAACAACAAGUUUGGAAUUAGCUACAAGUAGACCAACUGCAAACAUGGGUACAACUCAGUCAGAUACAACAAGUGUGGAAUUAACAAGUAGCUCAACUACAAGCAUGGUUACAACUGAGUCUGACACCACAAGUGUGGAUAUUACAAAUGGUGGUCAAAGUACAAAUAUUGCUACAUCUCAGCCUGACACAAUAGGUAUGCUUACUAAUCAGUCAGAAACAACAAGUUCUGAAUUAGCUACAAGUAGACUAACUGCAAACAUGGGUACAACUCAGUCAGAUACAACAAGUGUGGAAUUAACAAGUAACUCAACUACAAGCAUGGUUACAACUGAGUCUGACACCACAAGUGUGGAUAUUACAAGUGGUGGUCAAGCUACAAACAGUGCUACAAUUCAGCCUUAUACCACAAGUGUGGAUUUAGCAAGUGGUGCUUCACCUACAAGCAUUGUUACAACAAUGUCUGAUAAAACAAGUAGCGGUAUAACUACAGAAAUGGCUACAACUCAAUCUGAUACAACAAGUGUGGAAUUGAAAAGUAGCUCAACUACAAACAUGGUUACAACUCAGUCUGACACCACAAGUGUGGAUAUUACAAGUGGUGGUCAAACUACAAACAGUGCUACAAUUCAGUCUUACACCACAAGUGUGGAUUUAACAAGUGGUGCUUCACCUACAAGCAUUGCUACCACUCAAACUAAUAAAACAAGUAGCGGUAUAACUACAGAAGUGGCUACAACUGAGUCUGAUACAACAAGUGUGGAAUUAACAAGUAGCUCAACUACAAGCAUGGUUACAACUCAGUCUGACACCACAAGUGUGGAUAUUACAAGUGGUGGUCAAACUACAAACAGUGCUACAAUUCAGUCUUACACCACAAGUGUGGAUUUAACAAGUAGUGCUUCACCUACAAGCAUUGCUACCACUCAAACUGAUAAAACAAGUAGCGGCCUAACUACAGAAAUGGCUACAACUCAGCCUGAUACAACAAGUGUGGAAUUAACAAGUAGCUCAACUACAAGCAUGGUUACAACUGAGUCUGACACCACAAGUGUGGAUAUUACAAGUGGUGGUCAAAGUACAAAUAUUGCUACAUCUCAGCCUGACACAAUAGGUAUGCUUACUAAUCAGUCAGAAACAACAAGUUUGGAAUUAGCUACAAGUAGACCAACUGCAAACAUGGGUACAACUCAGUCAGAUACAACAAGUGUGGAAUUAACAAGUAGCUCAACUACAAGCAUGGUUACAACUCAGUCUGACACAACAAGUGUGGAUAUUACAAGUGGUGGUCAAAGUACAAAUAUUGCUACAUCUCAGCCUGACACAAUAGGUAUGCUUACUAAUCAGUCAGAAACAACAAGUUUGGAAUUAGCUACAAGUAGACCAACUGCAAACAUGGGUACAACUCAGUCAGAUACAACAAGUGUGGAAUUAACAAGUAGCUCAACUACAAACAUGGUUACAACUGAGUCUGACACCACAAGUGUGGAUAUUACAAGUGGUGGUCAAACUACAAACAGUGCUACAAUUCAGUCUUACACCACAAGUGUGGGUUUAACAAGUGGUGAUUCACCUACAAGCAUUGUUACAACAAGGUCUCAUAAAACAAGUAGCGGUACAACUACAGAAAUGGCUACAACCGAGUCUGAUACAACAAGUGUGGAAUUAACAAGUAGCUCAACUACAAACAUGGUUACAACUCAGUCUGACACCACAAGUGUGGAUAUUACAAGUGGUGGUCAAAGUACAAAUAUUGCUACAUCUCAGCCUGACACAAUAGGUAUGCUUACUAAUCAGUCAGAAACAACAAGUUUGGAAUUAGCUACAAGUAGACCAACUGCAAACAUGGGUACAACUCAGUCAGAUACAAGAAGUGUGGAAUUAACAAGUAGCUCAACUACAAGCAUGGUUACAACUCAGUCUGACACCACAAGUGUGGAUAUUACAAGUGGUGGUCAAAGUACAAAUAUUGCUACAUUUCAGCCUGACACAAUAGGUAUGCUUACUAAUCAGUCAGAAACAACAAGUUUGGAAUUAGCUACAAGUAGACCAACUGCAAACAUGGGUACAACUCAGUCAGAUACAACAAGUGUAGAAUUAACAAGUAGCUCAACUACAAGCAUGGUUACAACCGAGUCUGACACCACAAGUGUGGAUAUUACAAGUGGUGGUCAAGCUACAAACAGUGCUACAAUUCAGCCUUAUACCACAAGUGUGGAUUUAACAAGUGGUGCUUCACCUACAAGCAUUGUUACAACAAGGUCUGAUAAAACAAGUAGCGGUAUAACUACAGAAAUGGCUACAACUCAGUCUGAUACAACAAGUGUGGAAUUAACAAGUAGCUCAGCUACAAAUAUGGUUACAACUCAGUUUGACACUACAAGUGUGGAUAUUACAAGUGGUGGUCAAGCUACAAACAGUGCUACAAUUCAGUCUUACACCACAAGUGUGGAUUUAACAAGUGGUGAUUCACCCACAGGCACUGCUACUACUCGUUCUGAUAAAACAAGUUUUGGUCCAACUACAAACACUGCAACAACUCCGUCUGACACCACAAGUAUGGAGUUAAUAACAAAGGAUUCUGCUACAACAAGUGGUCAAACCACCGACUUUGCUAGAGCUUUGUCUAAUACAGCAAGUGGUUCAACUACAAACAUUGCUACAACUCAAUUUGACACCACACAUGUGGAUAUUACAAGUGGUGGUCAAACACCAAACACUGUUACAACACAGUCUGGCACCAUUAGUGCUGAUUCAACUUAUAUACUAAAUACAAGUAUUGCUACAACAUUUUCUCACACCACAAGUGUGGAUUUAACAAGUGAUGAUUCACCUACAAGCAUUGCUACCACUCAAACUGAUAAAGCAAGUAGCAGUCUAACUACAGAAAUGGCUACAACUUUGUCAGAUACAACAAGUGUGGAAUUAACAAGUAGCUCAACUACAAGCAUGGUUACAACUCAGUCUGACACCACAAGUGUGGAUUUUAGAAGUAGUGGUCAAGCUACAAACAGUGCUACAAUUCAGCCUUACACCACAAGUGUGGAUUUAACAAGUGGUGAUUUACCUACAAGCAUUGCUACCACUCAAACUAAUAAAGCAAGUAGCGGUCUAACUACAAACAUGGCUACAACUCAGUCUGAUACAACAAGUGUGGAAUUAACAAGUAGCUCAACUACAACCACGGUUACAAAUCAGUCUGCCACAAGUGUGGAUUUUACAAGUGGUGGUCAAGCUACAAACAGUGCUACAAUUCAGUCUUACACCACAAGUCUGGAUUUAACAAGUGGUGAUUCACCUACAAGCUUUGCUACCACUGAAACUGAUAAAGCAAGUAGUGGUCUAACUACAGAAAUGGCUACAACUCAGUCUGAUAGAACAAGUGUGGAAUUAACAAGUAGCUCAACUACAAGCACGGUUACAACUGAGUCUGACACCACAAGUGUGGAUAUUACAAGCAGUGGUCAACCAACAAAUAUUGCUACAUCUGAUCCUGACACAAUAGGUAUGCUUACUUAUCAGUCAGAUACAACAAGUUUGGAAUUAGCAACAAGUAGAUCAACUACAAACAUGGCUACAACUCAGUCUGAUACAACAAGUUUGGAAUUAACAAGUAGCUCAACUACAAACAUGGUUACAACUCAGUCUGACACCACAAGUGUAGAUAUUACAAGUGGUGGUCAGGCUACAAACACUGCUACAAUUCAGCCUUACACCACAAGUGUGGAUUUAACAAGUGGUGAUUCACCUACAAGCAUUGCUACCACUCAAACUGAUAAAGCAAGUAGCAGUCUAACUACAGAAAUGGCUACAACUCAGUCUGAUACAACAAGUGUGGAAUUAACAAGUAGCUCAACUACAAGCACGGUUACAACUCUGUCUGACACCACAAGUGUGGAUAUUACAAGCAGUGGUCAACCAACAAAUAUUGCUACAUCUGAGCCUGACAAAAUAGGUAUGCUUACUUAUCAGUCAGAUACAACAAGUUUGGAAUUAGCCACAAGUAGACCAACUACAAACAUGGGUACAACUUUGUCAGAUACAACAAGUGUGGAAUUAACAAGUAGCUCAGCUACCAAUAUAGUUACAACUCAGUCUGACACCACAAGUGUGGAUAUCACAAGUGGUGGUCAAACUACAAAUAUACCUACAUCUCAGUCUGAAACAACUAAUAUGCUUACUACUCAGUCAGACGCAAGUUUGGAAUUAGCAACAAGUAGCUCAACUACAAACAUACGUACUUCUCUGCUUGACACCACAAGUGUGUAUAUUGCAAGUGGUGAUUCACCUACAGGCACUGCUAAUACUUGGUCUGAUAAAACAAGCUUUGGUCCAACUACAAACACUGCAACAACUCAGUCUGACUCCACAAGUAUGGAGUUAAUAACAAAGGAUUCUGCUACAACAAGUGGUCAAACUACAAACAUUGCUGCAACUCAAUUUGACACCACACGUGUGGAUAUUACAAGUGGUGGUCAAACACCAAACACUGUUAUAACACAGUCUGGCACCAUUAGUGCUGAUUCAACUUAUAUACUAAAAACAAGUAUUGCUACAAUUAAUUCUCACACCACAAGUGUGGGUUUAACAAGUGGCUUUUCUACUGAAGGUAUUGCUACAACUCUGUCUGAAACCGCAAAUAAGGAAAUUACAAGUGGUUAUUCAACUCAGUUUGACACCACCACUGUGGAUUUAACAACAUAUGAUUCAACAACAAAUAUUGCUACAACAUCAUUUGAAACAACAAGUGUGAAGUUAACAAGCAGUGGUUCAACUACAAACGUUGCUACAUCUCAGUAUGAUACAACAAGUGUGGAUUUAACAACAGCUGGUCCAAAUAGAAACACUUCUACAACUCAGUCUUACACCACAAGUGUGGAUUUAACAAAGGGUGAUUCAACUACAAGCAUUUAUACAACUAUGUCUGACGCUACAAGUGUAAAUUUUACAAAUGGGGACCAAAGUACAAUUAUUGCUACAAACCAGGCUGACACAACAAUUGUGGAUUUAUCAACAGAUAACGAGGCGCCUGUGUUUGAUUGCAACAUCGAUAACGUGACUGUACAAGUAGGCAGGUAUAGUUCUACCUCCACAGUUAAUUGGAUCUUGGAAGAUGCAACUGACAAUGUGGGUGUAGUCAGCACGACGCAGUCUCAUAACCAGUCAUAUGCCUUUAAAAUUGGCAAGACAGUAGUUACUUAUACAGCAACGGAUGCUGUUGGCAAUGAAGGAAUAUGCUCAUUUGAGGUUAUUGUACUUGAUUUAAUACCACCCGAGAUAGACUGUGAGUUAAAUGUGACUGCAUAUACUGAUCAAAAUUCAGCAACUGCAAAUGUUUCUUGGAUGUUGCCGAGAACAUCUGACAACAGUGGCAUUGAACCGAAAAUAGAUUCAAACUUUGAGCCCUAUACUUUAUUUAGUAUCGGUUCAACUGAUGUGAUGUAUACGGCUACAGAUGAAUCAAACAACACAGCUACUUGUUCAUAUCCCAUUAUUGUUAUUGAUAUGGAAGAUCCUGUUCUUAUAUGUCCAUCAAACAUGCCAUUUGUUGAAACUGAUUCAAGAAGCGCAGCGGCUAUUGUAACGUGGGUGACUCACGUCGAAGACAAUUCAGGCCAAUUUGAAGUAACUUCAACGCAUACACCAGGCUAUAACUUUCCAAUUGGUGUUACAACUGUAGUAUAUAUUGCACAAGAUUAUUAUAAAAAUACAGCUGAAUGUUCAUUUAACAUCACAGUCAAAGAUACGGAAAAACCACACCUUAUUUGUCCUGCUAAUGUUGUUAGUGAUACUGAUAAAAAUGUAACUUGGAAUAGUCCAGAACCAGAUGAUAACUCUGGGCUGGAGGUUACACUAAUUGCAUCUGCUUCACCUGACGAUGACUGGGAAGUUGGUAUACACUCUGUUACUUACACUGCAACUGAUAAAUAUGGGAACGUUGAGACUUGUGUGUUUAAUGUCUCUGUUAUAGAUGCCUGUUUUGUUAAUGAAUGUUUAAAUGGUGGAAUUUGUCAAGAUUUUAAUGGAGAAUUUGGAUGUAUAUGUCCAUUAUUUUAUAGUGGAAAUAUAUGUGAAGUUGUUCCAGAUCUUGCCACCUUUUCAGUCACACCAGUUUUAAUUAAGGCCGACUUAUAUGAUACUGUUGAACUCAGUUGCAAUGUUGCCUAUUCAAGUGACUGGCAGUGGUAUAAAGAUGAUGUCCCACUUUUAUAUACAAAGAACGAAUAUUUAAUAACAGUUACAAUGACAUUUGAAAACCAGGGUUAUUACACUUGUGGUGGAUUUGGAGCAGGACCUCACAGUGAUACAACAUUUAAUUCAAACAAAGUUCCAUUGGUUAUAAAUGGUAUCUUAGUAUUUCCGGUGUCUUUGACAUUUAACCGUGAAUUUUCUGAAAAUCUUAAUGAUCCAUCAUCAACAGCUUUCAAAAAUGAAUCAUCUGUUAUCACUGACUUUCUUAUCAAGAGUCUGUCACUGAAAGAUGAGAUAACAAUACAAAUACGUAGUUUCUCUUCUGGUAGCUUAAUUGUUGAGGCGAAUUUCUAUGUGUUAAACACAAGCACUUCUUAUGACGAUUUUUCAGAGAUUUUAACACAGGAAUUAAUAAGAAUCGGAAAUAGUUCUGCUGGAUUUCUAAACCCAGAUAGCGUUGUGUUAAAAAGCACAGAAAUGUGUUAUAGAGAACAUUAUGAUGACCACACAUUUCCUGAUGCAAAAGUAGGAGAGACUGUACAUUCAGAAGAAUUCUGUGACGAGAGCAAAGUGAACUAUCUUCUGCCUCGUGCUAACCGAACAUGUGAAGGUGAUGGAUUAAGUGCAGCAAAAUGGGAAGAUCCUGUAUUGGCUGACUGUGGACCUGAUGCUACUACUGAGCAACUAUUAGAACGUCUAAAUAUGGUGAGUGUCACCAUGGAUAACGUUGAAGAAGUUAGCAGCGAAGUAGAAGAAAUUACAAGUAAUGCAGAAGAAAUCACGGUGGAAGCAUUGGAAACUACUGCUGAAAUAUUGACAGAUAUUCUUCAAACAGAUUCUAAUUCUACUGAGGUGACUCAAUCUGUUGUUAUGGUAGUAGAAAACCUGUUUAGUGUCGAGGAACAAAUUCUAAUGGAAAGUCAAAUGGAGGAUCAGGCUCCUACUAAAAUGGUUGAAGUUCUUGAAGAUCAGCUGAGCAAAGUAGAGCUAAAUGAAGAGGGCAUUUAUGAAGAAAUUACACCAAAUAUUGCAGUACAGGCUCAGAGGCUUGAUGCAAGUCAAGUUAGUGAAGAAGACAUCACUUACCUAAGUUUUAUAUCGGAAUCAAGUGAAAACGGUGUAGGUGUUGUUAAAGUUAUUGACGAUGGCGAGAAAAUACCUGAGGCUGCCAAUGUGUCAAUUGCUCUGCCAACCACCAUAUCUGACGUCAUCAAGAAUAAUAACGAGACAGAUUUCAGGAUUGUAGUGAUUGUUUACAACGACAGUAGGUUGUUCCAAUCUGCUCAGUAUGUUAACGAUAGCUCAGGCCGCCGACCAAAUAGUCAAGUUAUUUCUCUGUCAGUGCCUGGAUUAGAUCGUGUUGAAUUGGACGAGCCAAUCGUUACCACGUUCAUUCCCAUUGAAAUCUCUGAAACAAACAGAAAUACAACCUGUGUAUUUUGGGACUUUAAACUUGAUGGAAUUGGAGGAUGGUCGACUGAUGGCUGCACUUUCGUAUAUGGAUCAGAUGAUGGGAGUGACAGGCAGUAUUGCGAGUGCACUCAUCUAACUAACUUUGCUAUACUUAUGGAUUUUUAUAAUCUGGAUGCUCUUCCAGCAGCAGCUGACAUUGUGACUACUGUUGGUUUAAGCAUAUCAAUUGUAUCGCUUUUUCUUACGGUCCUUACUUUUGUAUCUAAAAGGAAGUUUCGGAGGAGUGAGCCGAAGAUCAUUUUAUGUCAGCUGUGUGUGUCUUUGCUUGGUCUGUAUAUUGUAUUUCUUGCUGGAAUUGAUCGAACUGAAAGCAGUCUAGGAUGUAUGGUUGUUGGAGCUUUUCUACAUUUCUUCUUGCUAUCGUCAAUCUUCUGGAUGAGUGUUCAAGCUGUAAACAUGUAUUAUUUAUUUGUAAAAGUCUUUGAUGCACAUGUGUCACAUUUUCUUAAAAAAGCUUGCUUGUUUGCUUGGGGUACACCGGUGGUGAUUGUUUUAGUUUCUGUAUUCAUUGAUAUUGAUACCUAUGUCGAUGCUAAAACUCAUUGUUUCCUGACCCUCCAACGUAUGUACUACGCUGUAGCAAUUCCUGUCGCCCUAUCCUUACUUUUAAACAUGAUCAUAUUCAGUCUGGUUUUACAUAGUUUAAGCCAACUUGGAAAAAACACCAAUCAAUCACCUAAAAAAGGAAAGAUAAGCAAACACAGAGGGAUGCAGAUGUUACAAAAUACAGUGAGCGUUACAACAGUUUUGGGUUUAACGUGGCUGAUCGGAUUUUUUGCCAUUGGAGAUGCAUCAGAAAUUAUGCUGUGGCUUUUUUGUAUUCUUAAUUCUUUACAGGGGUUUCUUAUCUUUGUAAUGUACUGUGUCAGAAACAAGGAAGUACGAAUUCACUGGUGGAAGAUCUUACUCAAUGUACCAAGAAAUACCAAACGUUUUCGAUCAUUUGUGACCGGUGACACCAAACUAUUUUCAUCUCGCAAGCAACAGACAUUUUCCAACUCGUCUUCGUAUCCCAGAAAAAAUCUCAAUGAAAGUAGUCAGCUUAGUCUCGGUAAACAAUCAAGCACAUCAGCAAACAUAAGUCUGAGAUACUGACGAUAUCUUAAUAUAUACCUUAUUAUGUCAAUGACACAUUUAUCCAACAAAUUUGUAUACGACAUAGGCCUAGUUCAGACUAGGUGGAUAAACCCGGCUCAACUCUCCGGGUUUAUCCACCUGCCAGUCUGAACUAUGUGGCUUAUAUCAAUCGACCUGUGUUCCUACAAUAUAGUAACAACUAGGCCUGGCAUGCCACCGUGUCUAACUUUUCUAAGCCGGGCUUUAAUCACUGCGGGGGAUCUUGCGUUGACUUCGGGUAACAAAAUUACCAAUCGGCAUUCAAUUACGUGUGCUGUGAGCGAGCGUACGUUUUUCGCCCGCAAUGCUUCAAAGCACGUUUCCUGGCUACGGUUCAUUAAUAUGCAAAUUCUUUCCCCUGGCUAAUCCAGCUAGUCUGAACCGUAACGCCUGGCAAAGUUAAGCCAGGCUUAACCUUGAGCCAGGCUUAACGUAAGCCUGGCUUAACUUCAAGUCUAUGGAGAAUUGGAUUGGAUUUCCGCCUGGUGUAGAGAGAAUAUUUGGACUUACAACCGUCUUUGGAUUGGACUAAAUGAAUUAUUCGGAACACCAAGAAGCCCAGCAAAGAAUACUUAUUUUCAAUGGGUACCAUCCUGUGGUGAUUGGGCAGUACUACACCGGGAGACAAUUCCCUACACUUUUUUUGAAAAGUGCAGGCUUACUGUGUUCUUUAACGUGCACAUGGGCCAUAGUGCAGACGAGACCAACUGAUGUUUCAUCCGAAAGGGGGUGCGUUAUUACAACUUGCAUUCAGGCCUCCAGCUGAAACACAAGGAGACCAGCGAUGGGAAUUGAACUGGGAACCAAUAAAUAGCAUAUAUUCACGGUUCAGCGCACACACAGCUGCACCACCAGUUUUUUAACCGACAGAGCUAAGCUCUCUCUAAAUUCAUGCUAAAAAAGGACUUUUAAAUAUAAGUGCUUGCCUAUUAACAAUAAAAGAAAUUGAAAAAAAAA